AUGCACUGUGAUGAUAAUGAUCAGGCUUCAGCCAGGCCUGCAUUGGCCUACAUAGAAAAGGAGGAUAGCAAGAAACUGAAACAAGAGCAAGCUAAAACUUCAAAAAAUGAAACCAAGAACUUUGUCACAGGAACUAAAAGAAGCUCUUGGAAUGGCCGGUGCUCCACCUCCUUGGCUCAUCAAUAUGCAGACUUUGGAGGUUUAUAUGUACUUCAAGCCUCUGGAUAUAGCAUGCCCUUCUCUGUUAUUGCCGAGUUGACUGCUGAUUCAGGAUGCAGCCAAGGUACUCCUAGAGUCUUCUUUCUUCUAUCUCUACUAUUUGAUGAAGCUAUUUAUUUGGCCAUUGGAGUACUAAAUCUUUCUAUAGUCUUACCUCAGAGAAUGGAGAAGGCAGAUUCAAGCAGAAGAUCAUCAAUGAACCAGCUGAAUUCCCUUCCUGUCCAUUCUUGCAAAGGAUGUUGA